GCAGCCCUGUAGGUUAGUAUUAGAAUGCAUUGCUGCAGCAGGCAUCUAGCUGCCUUCCACUGGAUCUGCCUCCUUAUCCAAUGCUGCUGCUUGGUUUUUGCCUCUGAUUUGCAACUUACUAGUCCCAUUGGAGAGAAUGCCCCAUUUGCAAUUUAUAGCCCAGAGGUGGGAGGAUGCCUGGCAGUACGAGACUCCGUAGUGGGGUUGCAAUGGUCCUGUAAUGACAGUUCUCUUGACCAACAAUGGCUAUGGGUCUCACGGCGUCGACUCUUUAACUUGGGAUCCCUCCAGUGCUUAUGGGUCCCUUCCCUAUCUAAUGGCACCAGCUCUACCAUCUCCGUCUUACCAUGUGACCAUGAAAACUUCCACACUAUCCGGCGGUGCGAGGCCCAGCUAGAGCAACUCUCCAAUGCUUUGUUUCCACAGACUACUAAUACUACAAGCCUUCAGGAGCCACCGGCCAAGUCAGCAAUCCAAUGGCUCAUAAAUGGAACCAACCGAAGCAUUUGCUCUGCUGUCUUUUGGGAUAUUUACACUAUACAAGGAAACUCCAAUGGACGUCCUUGCGCGAUUCCAUUUAAGUAUGACAACCAGUGGUUUUAUAGCUGUACCAGCACGGGAAGGGAGGAUGGUCAUCUUUGGUGCGCAACAACUGUGGAUUACGGAAAAGAUGAAAAGUGGGGUUUCUGCCCAGUAAAAAGUGAUGACUGUGAGGCAUUUUGGGACAAAGAUCCUCUGACUCAGAACUGUUAUCAGUUCAAUUUUCAGUCUGCGCUGUCAUGGAGCGAGGCUUGGACAAGUUGCAGGCAGCAAGAUGCUCACCUCCUCAGCAUCACAGAAAUCCACGAGCAGACAUAUAUUAAUGGGUUGCUGACUGGAUACACAUCUACCCUGUGGAUGGGGCUCAACGAUCUGGACACUAACGGGGGCUGGCAGUGGUCAAAUGGCUCCCCGCUAAAGUAUCUGAACUGGGAGAGUGAUCAGCCAAGUAAUUCUAUGGAGGAGAACUGUGCUGUUAUCCGAACUGAAUCCUUGGGUGCAUGGCAGAACCGUGUCUGUGGGAACGCUCUUCCCUAUGCCUGUAAGAAGAGCCCAGGAUCCAGCAGGCGUUCCCUGCCUAUAGAGCCUCAGGAGCCAGAUGUAGCUAUUGACUGUGAUCCCGGAUGGCAGAGUUUUGGGACUAACUGCUACCGUGUAAACAGUGAGAAGAAGACAUGGCAGGAGGCCAGAAAGGCAUGUGUGAGGGUAGAGGCCAACCUGGUCAGCAUUCACUCUAUGCUGGAACUGGAAUUUGUCUCCAAGCAAAUUAAGCAAGACGUUGAGGAACUGUGGAUUGGUCUAAAUGAUCUGAAGCAUCAAAUGAACUUUGAGUGGUCAGAUGGAAGUUCUGUCACCUUCACCUCCUGGCACCCCUUUGAACCCAACAAUUUCCGGGACAGUAUGGAGGACUGUGUGACAAUCUGGGGACCAGAGGGCAGAUGGAAUGAUAGCCCAUGCAACCAGACCCUGCCAUCCAUUUGUAAGAAACCAGGAAACUUCAAUCAGGGAGGAAAGGUGGAUACCCAUGGCUGUCAAAAGGGCUGGAGUUGGCACAGUCCCUCAUGCUACUGGCUGAGUGACGAGUCAGUGACCUACAGUGAAGCCACAAAAGCCUGCUCUGACCGCCAGGCCAUGCUGGCGACUGUCCAUAACAGGUUUGAUCAGGCCUAUGUCAACAGCCUUUUGUACGGAUCCGAGGGAAGCUACUACUGGACAGCCCUGCAGGAUAUAAAUGACACUGGCACAUUUCGUUGGCUCGAGGGUGAAGAAGUAAUAUACACGCAUUGGAACCGGGAUCAGCCGGGUUAUGAUAAAGGGGGAUGUGUUGCACUGGCCACAGGAAGAUCCUUGGGCCUGUGGGAGGUAAAGAACUGCGUUGAAUUCAGGGCCAAGUACAUCUGCAUGCAGACUCUGGUUACUCUUACACCUCUAAUUCCUGCUCGUCCCAUUCCCAGCCUUAAUGGAAGCUGCUCUGACGGCUGGAAUUCUGCACCUAACUUGAGAUAUUGCUACAAGGUUUAUCACUCGGAGAAACUACAGGAUAAGAAAACAUGGAUUUCAGCUCAACUCGCCUGCAGGGAAAUUGGUGCUCAGUUGCUGAGUGUCUCCAGUGUGGAAGAAGAACAUUUUGUUGGCCAUUUACUAAACAAAAUAUUUGGGGAAUCGGACACAGAUUUUCAUGAACAGCACUGGUUCUGGAUUGGCCUUAACAGAAGGAACCCAAGUGGUGAACAAGGCUGGGUCUGGAGUGAUGGUCAAGGGUAUUCCUACCACAAUUUUGACCGCAGUAACCAUGAUGACGAUGACAUCCGAAGGUGUGUGGUGCUAGACCUAUCAUCCCUGCAAUGGGUGGCUCUUGAGUGUGAGUCCCAAAUGGACUGGAUAUGUAAGCUUCCCAAAGGAACAGAAGUUAAAGAGCCUGAAGUGUCAAAAGGCAGCAGUGAGUGGAUAACUAACGAGAAUGCUCAGUACAAGUUUUUUGAACAUCAUUCCACAUGGCUUCAAGCUCAACGCAUCUGCUCCUGGUUCUCUGCUGAGCUGGUGUCCAUCCACAACCAGGCUGAGCUAGACUUUCUGGGCCAGAGCUUGCAAAAGUUCUCUCGGGGACAGGAGCAGCACUGGUGGAUUGGGUUGCACACAUAUGAAAACGAUGGUCGAUUCAGGUGGUCUGAUAGAUCUGUGCUCAGUUUUGUUAACUGGGCCUCUGGCCGGCCUCGCCCCAUUAGCAGGGAGAAGAAAUGUGUGUACAUGACAGCUAGCCGAGGUGACUGGGGGGACCAGAAGUGUGACACUGCCCUCCCCUAUAUCUGCAAAAGGACCAAUAACACUCUACCUGUCCCUACUACACCCCCUAUCCCAACCAAUACUGGUGGUGGCUGUCCACGAAGUUGGCUGCCCUUCCUCAACAAGUGCUUUGGAGUGAGAGCUGACAGUAAGGCAGAAACGAAGACUUGGCAGCAAGCAAGAGAUUCCUGCAAAGUUUUAGGAGGAGAGCUUGCUACAAUCAACAACUACUUGGAGCAAGCAUUUAUCACAUCAAUACUCCCAAAUAUAACCUUUGAUCUUUGGAUUGGACUCCAUAAUGCCCGAAAACAAUUUCAGUGGGUGGAAGGUCAAGUCCUCAAUUAUGUGAAUUGGGCACCAAGGGAACCAUCUGGAUAUGGAACGUCUGGUAGCAGCGAAAAGCCGAUAAAUUGCGCUGUGGUCUGGCACGGGUCCCCUCCUCCAUUUACCGGACGUUGGGAUGACAGGAAUUGCUUGGAAGAGAAGCACGGCUAUAUCUGCCAGAUCAGCAAAGUGGCCUCCCUCAACCCACCUGCUGAGCCAUUUCCCCCAGCUCCAGGUUCCAUCCUUCGAUAUAUGAAUAACACCUAUGUGAUCCUACAAAAGCCAAUGACCUGGUCAGAUGCUCGCCUGCUGUGUGAGACUCGUAAUGCCACUCUCAGCAGCAUUCCAGACCCUUACCAACAAGCAUAUCUGACCCUGGCAGUCACAGGAUUGAAGACCCCUGUGUGGAUUGGCCUGUCUAAUGAGGAGGGUGGUCGGUCCUACUCAUGGCUAACAAAUGAUUCUCUCUCCUACACCAACUGGAGAGACGGAGAACCCCAGCUCAUGAGCGGCUGUGUGUACAUGGAUUUCCAAGGAACUUGGAGCACUGCUAACUGUGAGAGCAAACUGCAGGGGGCUGUCUGCAAAUUCAAUACAGAGUCACGAAAGAUGCACAAGUGGAGCGAGGCCGGAAACUGCCCAAGGUCACUAAGUGAUUCCUCAUGGAUUCCAUUCCGUGAUAAUUGCUACUCAUUCCACAUGGAGAUCCGAGUCAGCCAAAGAGAAGCAGCCAAGAAGUGCCACAAAGUUGGCGGAGAGGUUCUAUCUAUUCUCGAUGAGACAGAGAAUGUUUUCGUUUGGGAACACCUCCAGGCUUAUGAGAGCCAAUCCAGAGGAGCCUGGCUGGGCAUGUCCUUUAAUGCUAAAGGUGGAGGACUUGUGUGGAAUGAUAAUUCUCCAGUUAAUUACUCCAACUGGGGGCAACAGGAUGCAGGUCCCAGCCUGCUGAGUCCUAACUCCUGCUAUUGGGUGCAGGGUAGCAAUGGCGUCUGGAGCUUGGGAUCCUGCACUAACAACACAAUGGGUGUUAUUUGCAAACUGUCCAGAGCUGAAGAGACAGCUCAUUCCAAAUCUGUAUUCCCUGAGCACACCACAGCCGUGGCAGUAGUGAUCCUAUCCACAACCGCCCUUUGUGUCUUGCUAGUAGUCGUCAUAUACCUGUACCGUCGUAGAAAACAUGCCGCUGAGCUGGGGGCUUUUGAGAGUGCCAGAUACAGCAGGACCAGCACCGGCCCAGGGGGCUCCGCAGAGAAGAACAUUCUGGUGUCAGACAUGGAGAUGAAUGAACAGCAGGACUAGGAAGGAGUGAUACUGGCCACAACGAAAAGAAAAGGGAAGCAGAGGGGGAGACAGGGACCCAACUUUGACUUUUAUUGCUUCCAGCACAAAUGACCCAAGUGGUCGAUGUUCUCAGAGGGUGCAGGGUGCCCCCUUCCUGAAUAUGAAUUUGUCCCCAUUCAGUGUUAGAAGGGAGCUGCCAAGCAAUGCUGUGCAAUGCCUUGCCAGCCUCUCAAAUAUUUUUUUUUUUAAUUUUUAAAGAAAAUCUGUGUCUCUGGGCUGCCCACUAUUUCCCCUAACUUUGCCAACUCCGCACAUCUGGGGGAGCGUAAAUCAGGGCAUGCUGGAUGGCAGUGCAGCCAGACACGGGGAGAAUGGUUAUUAUCUCCUAACACUACCAGGAAGGUCCAAGAGUUGGAAACCUGGGAGAAUUUAAUUUCUUCCACUUCUUUUCUGCACACAAGAGACUGGAGGACGGGAAACGAGGAUGAGUGCGAGGUCUGUCCUACAAAAUAACGUGAUGAUUGGAUAGGAUAAGGGGCCAUUACACACUAACAAACCAUGUGGCCUUUAAGGUGUUAUUAGUCUCUCCUGUUUCUCUUCCCUCUGCUUCCUCCUGUGCCAGAUUUGUCAGGCGCACACCUCAGUGAUUGUCCCCUAACUCCCCGUCCCCUCUUACUGUGACAUUCCUGGCAAACUGGCCCUGCAUGAUUUAGAGCCCCCAUCCUUAUAACCCCUUUAAGCAAUGGACCAAAAUCCAGUGGUUUGCCACUGAUGGUUUUUUAAGAGACCUCAGUAUCUGCACUUUAGCUGCCACUAAAUUUGUUUAUUUUCUUGCCAGUUAGAAACCGGCAAGAAUCUCUAAAUCUCUGGGCUGGAUUUACUAAACCCUGCUAACGCUAUUCCAUAGUAAUGAAAUGUUCUGUCUCCUGUCGGUAAAACUAAAGGUGGGACUCCAGGCAUGAUAUGCCUAUGUUCCACGCUCCAGUUGAAUAUGGAGGCAUAUGCUUAUUGGCCAAAGAGUUUGCAGUUGAGUUGUUUGAUGUUGGCGGCCAUCUUGUUUAACACAGCGUAUUUGAAUGUAUUGUAUGUGUAUAAUGUGCCCACAGUAUAUUUCUCUUAUCUUUUACUCUCUCCCUCUUUAGGUAGUUGAGAGUAAAAUGGGAAUAAAAUAGGAAUAAUAAUGGGAGGUGUGGAAAGGAUAAUACAAGAGAGAAGAAAUAGGAAAGGAACUUAGGAGGCAGGCAAAGAGAAAUGAAGAAGAGAGCAGAAAUAUGGAAGGGUGGAAUAGCGGACGAGACGGGGAGACAGACUGACAGACAAUUGGUGUUGAUAAUUGUAUCAAUAUCAGAUGUCCCAAAAUUCAGUAUGUUUGUUGGUGGAGACACUGUGGGUAUAGAGAGGGCAGCUAAGGACUGGGUCACUUCUUGCAUGGGAGUGAGCCCCAUCUCUGUGUUGUUAUGGCUCCUCUCAACACGUAAUGUGUAUGCCCUCCAGCUGUUAUUUCUAAUGAAGAGGGUGAGUGGAUCUCUCCAGUCAUGAAUGGGUUAAUUAGAUGCAGAAUAGAGAAAGGGGUAUGGUUCACAAGGGCCCACUUCCCAGAAUACAAGAUGGCCGCCCAUCCAGUAUUUCAGGAAGUAAUAGAAUUUGUGGUGCAGUCCUAGAAUUUGUGGUGCAGUCCUACUUCUAAAGCACUGGCUGUGAGUGUGAUGUUCCUCCGGUGUUUGUGAGAUGGUGGUAGGGCAGGGCAAAGAAACAAUUUCUUGUGGGACCCCAGGCUCCAUUCCAGAAGAAUGCAUAACUACUGGAGGUGGAGCAGAUUGGAUCUCCCUGAUUUGCAGAUGGGGACUGUAUCCUUCCGGCUGCCCGCACUCACUAACUGUCACACUCACAGUGUUUCAGGCCUUUAGUAAAUCCAGCCUCACUUAUGUCAGCACAUUAAAAUCUGGAAUCAGCAGUGCCAUGGCUGGUUUUAGUGUUAAAAAGGCUUGAAUUCCGCAUGUAUUUCCCAUGAUUCAUCUCUCAGCCAUGUCACCCAUCUCAGACAGAACUUCUUGGCCCGCUGGAGUCUCCCACCAUUGGCAGCACAUUCAACCAUGCGCCAAAACCAUCUUCAGGACCCAGGGUGACAAUUGCUGCACCCCAACUUUAGAGGGAGUCGGGUAUAAGAGCACUAUCUGUAUGUUUAUACCCGUAUGUCUUGGUAUGAGGUAUAGGUAUAUUUCAAUUGCAAUAAACGUGAAAGCAAUCA